UCUGCGAUUCGAUUAAGUACUCGGGACGACUGUCUAUGUCUCGCGAGUACAGCGUACGUAAAUUUCUUACGGUGCUUUAUCUCGUUUCAACGCCGUUCGUCGUAAGAUACCGAAAUAAUAUAUUGUGAUAGAAUAGUUAACAUGUCGUUCAUCGUACACUACGUCGCGUUCUUGUCGUUGGCAUUUGUGGUGGUCAUGUCUGAGCUGCAAUAUCCAAACGAGUCUCUCCAAUACCUGAACAAAAUAGACAAUGCAACAAAAUCACACGACGACAAUAUUAAUUUCUUGAAGACGGUGAUGGAAGUAGACUACCUCUGGUGGCCGAUACUCAACGAGACGGUGCGUGUUAAACGGCCGAAAAUAGAGUACUUCGACCCAUACGCAAACGAAGCGCCUAAUGGGGACUUGGAAGACAUGGAGGUGUUGCCGUUGAAAAACAUUACAACUUUGUUGGCAUCCAAUGUAUUCGUCGGCACUGACGUGCAGCUUACGAUGGACGUACUAAAGACCGCGACGGCAUGUUCGGUGCUCAAACACAUCUCGUUUCAAGGAAUCGUGUUCCACCACCUACUGAAGAAACAUAGCUCUACAAUACCAUACGAAGAGAGAAUGUUAUUUUUAAGGUGGCUCUUGGACAUGGUUCAUGUGGCCGUCGACAAGUUAGCAGCGCUGGACUAUUCGCUGCUGUUGAUCACCAGUAUGCACAAGCGCCUCGCUGAAAUUCAUCUUUCAUUUUUAAACAAUAAAACAGACCUGGAUACCGAGAGCCUUCACGAAAUUGGCUUGGAUAUGUUUACAGAAAUCAAUAAUAAAUGUGUCGUGCCUGAAGGAGAAGAAGGCCAUUACAGCUCGUUGAUCGCCGAUUUAAAUAGAAUCAAAAGGAUUGAAGAUUUGAAAGCCCACCGCUCACUGAUCACUGAAACCAUGAGAGACUCUACCGAUAUAAUCGACAUUGAUAUUAUGAAUAAGAUUAAGGGGGAAAUAAUAAUCAAUAAGAAUAUAGAUGCAAAUGGUAUCGAUACACUGAACGAAAGCGUAUUGAAAAGAGCUUAUGGUGCAAAUUAUGUUCAAAUGAACUUUUUGUUUUUGAACUUGCCCAUAUACACGUUAGCCGAAUCGCAGUGGAAUACUCUAUUCAAACUUGAAAAAUCUAUGCAAUAGCAUGCAACACCUAAUUCUCCUAAGAUUCAACAGUCCUUAUAAAACGGGGCAGUUAUCAUUAUGACUGUAUUUGUUUUUUAAUAUUUUAUGUUAUAUGAUACGGUUUAUUAUAGUUUUUAAGAAUUUGUAAUUAAAAUUAUUUGAAAAUUAUACGUAAGCUUUUGAACUCUUAUAUCAUUAGUUUAUAUCAUGAAAUAGAAUAUU